AUGGUGGCGGUGAUCCCUGCAGCUCCCGCCGCUGCAGCCGCUGCUCAGCCAAGGAACUCGAAAAGCCCUAGCAUUGUCCGUGAAGAUCUUCCCGUCCCCAGCCGGCCUCCCCUAAACCCCUCGGAGAAGGACAAUGCUGCAGUCCUCCGGCGUCCCCGAAUCAAGGAAGUUACCUCCAGGUACCUCUCCUCGUACAGUUCCCCGUCUUCCUCUACUACCAGUACCUCUUCUUCCUCUUCUGGGGGUACCGGCGCCAAAACUACCACUUCUUCCUCUUCCUCGUCACAUUUUCGGCGAUUCCCCUCUCCGCUCCCCACUUCUCGUCCAUCAACCCCGUCGUCAACGUUGCCCCGUUCGACUGGCCCGAAGCGUUCUCAGUCGGUCGAUCGAACGCGGCCCGCUACCCCACGCUCAGAUCAUGGCAGACUCAACAAUGUCGCCGCCACAGAGACCUCCUCGGCCUCCAAAGACCUCUGCACAACAACACGAAGCCUCUCGGUUUCCUUUCAAGGGGGAUCGUUCUUCUACCAGACCAGUAAGGCCAAGAGUGCGAUGUUGAACCCUACAAGGAAGUCCACGCCGGAACGUCGGAGGACUGCAACCACUCCGGUCAGGAACAACAGGAUGGAUGGUGAUGGAAAGGACGUCAGAGAUCAUCAAUCAGAGAAUUCAAGACCCGUGGAACACCAUCGCUGGCCGGCAGCGCGAACCAAACAGUCAAACACAUUGACAAGGAGUUUGGACUACUCAUCGGAGAAGAAAGAUUCAAUGUUUGCGUCUACGAGAUUGCUUCAGCAGUCGAUGAUGUUGGACGAGGGAAGGCGAGCAUCAUUUGAUGUCGGCGAUCUCUCUGCAUCAUCAGACACAGAUAGUGUUUCCUCUGGGAGCAAUUCGGGUGCACAUGAAUCAUACAUUCCUUCUCGUGCUCGUGUUACGCCCCGUGGCAUCAAUGUCCCUGCAAGGUUCUGGCAGGAAAAUAACAGCAGACUCCGGCGGGUAGCAGAUUUCGGUUCUCCAUUCGCAUCUCCUUUACCAAGGACCUCAUCUGCCUUAAAACUGGUUCCGAUCAGGAAAUCAUUGGUCGAUGGGUUGCCUUUGUCCCCUAGCACGAUUUUAUCUCCUCUUCGAGGGCCCAUUAGACCUUCUUCUCCAAACAAGGUAGCUUCUUCUCCGUCAAGGGGAAUUACAAGUCCUUUACGGAUGAGAAAUAACUUCCAAGUUGGGGGUUCGGUGACAAUUGGUCAGCCUGGGAUUGCACCUUCCAUGAUAGACUUCGCCUCUGAACUUCGGAGGAGUAGGAAAGGCGAGAUUAGGAUUGAAGAAGCACACUUACUGAGGCUAUUGCAUAACCAGCAUUUGCAGUGGCGAUAUGUAAAUGCAAGGGCAAAUUCAUCACAAUCGGUGCAAAAACUGACUGCAGAGGUCAGUUUCAAUGCCCAUCUCCUUCAAUGUUCUGUUAUUCCUAUAAAUAUUUGAUCCUUCGAUGCAUCUAUUAUCUGUUCAUGUCUUUGCAUGGUUUCAUUCCUGCCUGUGAAUUUCUCGAGUGUUUCAUAGCGAUCUACGUGAUAUAUUGAGGUAUCUACAUGCAGUUGUACUGGAUAUAUUGUCUAUCCUCAGAACAUGCACAAUUAAUUUCAUGAAGCUUUUUAUAAUUUUGACUAUCUAGAAGGCUCCAAAAUGUUCUCCUAAUUCCUGUCAAUUUUCCCGUUCGGUCUUCGUUAAUUGCAUUCCGGCAUCUGCCAAUUUGUUGUGUCUUCUUCUAUUAAGCUCAAACCAACGUUUGAGAAUCCCAAAGUGUAAGGUUCCUUUGCACACAAGCUAUCACAUCUGCAGGCUUCACUCUAUUUACAUGUUGAAGGCAUACAUUCAAGUUGACUUCUGGUUGAUAACAUGGAUUUAUGCCUACUGGAUUAUGGAUGAUGUGUCAUAGUGAAGACAGAUGGAUGAUUGGAAUGUAAGAUCAUUAAUUAGUGAGCGGUAGUAAUUUUAUUUAUGAGUUUUAUUUACGACUAUUUUUUAUUUAAGUACGCCUGUUUCAAAACGGUCCGCCUUCCAUUCUAUUGCUGUAAUAUAUAGAAAAUAUAUUUCCACCAAAGUUUUCAAGUUGGAGUUUUAAUUUGUUGCCAUUAUCUCAUGGUUCGGUAUACAGAUUUUCCAUUAUUAUCUUACCGAUCUCAACUAAUCAACAGGAAACGAUUGCACCUGCAUUUUUGUGAAGGAAAAGGGUUCACAAUAAAGAGUCAUAAUAAUCGCCUACUUUCGAGGGAGAAUCUCAUUGAUCAUGUUUUUACUCAAUUAAGUCUGAAAUAUAUGUCUGCAGAAAAUCCUUGGUAAUUCUACGAAAAUAUUCUAAAAUCGUAUGGAUGGCCUGUAUUUAUAUCAAAUUUCUAGUCGACAAGUCAAUUCAUGGUCCAUGUAUGCGUGUCUGGUUUUCAAUUCAAGUAGACAUAGGAUUCACUUUCCAAAUAUCGGAAAUCUGCUCACCAUAAUCCAUAGCAAUGGACGGCAGCUCUACUUGUGACAAGCGUAAUAAUAUUACUUCUGACAUCUCUUACAUUCGCAUGCCUAGAUAGGUGAGCAUUAGCCUUUUAAUUUCUUGUCUAAAUUAUCAUUUGAGAUGACGUGUGUUCCAGUUAUUAUGAUUCUCUGUAUUUUUUUUUUAACCUUUGGUAAACUACUCUAUUACCUAAGCUCACUUGACUUGUGCAGAAAAUAGCAAAUUCAAUAUCUAGUUAUAAUAAAUCCAAUACAAAAGAACCUGUGAUAAUGAAGACGACUUCUCCUCUUAUUACUAAUUUUUUUGUAUUCAACGAUCUAAUAAUUUCAAUAUGCUACAAAUGCUGAUGGUUUCUCUUGUGCUGCAUUCAGCUUGUUUACAUUGUUCAUGUGAAAAAAACCCAAGAGUCAGUUUGAGUGGGAUGGGUUGAGGUCAAAUAGUCAGUUAUUACUUUGUACAUCUGUGAUUAUAGAAAUUUCCCCGCUUUUCUCGUUUUUUAAAUUGCUCUGGAGUUGGAUGGCGUUUGAAGGGAUAUCAUUCUUAACAAAUCAGUCACUGUCAGCUUUCGUGAAUUACUGGUUCUUCUGGUCUGGAUAACUAGAGGUUUGAAGACUCAGUAAUAUGUUUUCUGGACACUUUUUAAUUUGGUCGGGAUAUGAUAGUAAAGGUUAUUUUUUUCAGUUUCGCUGUCUGUCACGUCAUUUCCUGUAUGAUUAGUCAUAAUAAAUUUUUAAAGAGAGUUUUAUAGUUCUUGGCCUAUUUUACUGUGAAAAUUAUGUUCUUGGCCUAACUGAUCUUAUUCUCCAGAAAAUUCUCUACAGCGGAUCAAUGACAAUUGCAGAUAUGCGUGAUACCAUCAGAAUGAAAAAGAUCAAGUUACAUAUGCUGGUUGAAAAUAUGAAAUUAUCUUCCAUCCUUAGGGGUCAAGUAUGUCAGAAUUUCUCUAUAAUGAGGCUGUUUUUUCUCAUUCAUUUAUGAAAAUAUUGUGGAUGGUACUUUCUGAGGCAUAUUCCAUUUAGUUCAAUUUCAUGAACAAUAUAACUCUUCACAUUAAAAAAUCUAACAUGAACUCUGAAUGGGGAUGCUUUGUGCCUAACUUGGAUAGAACCUCAGAUUUGGAUAGUCUUCUGUGCAAGGUUUUGUUUGCUUCAUGUUCUCUCUCUCAUAUAUCCUUCCCCUUUAAUUUGCCAAUGCUUUUCUCAUCCCCCCCUUCCCCCUUCCCCCCUCCCCCCCCAUCUCUGUGGAGGAGGUGCUCUAGACUGUUGUUGAUCAUGGGCAGUGGAGUUGUAAAUGGAGUAGGUAUGUUGUCACGUACAGCCUUGCAAUCUGCAAGGCUCUGGGAGAACAACGUGGAAGAUGUUAUCACCAUUGUAGGUGGUAUCAUCGGCAGGAAGAUGUUAGAUUUGGAGCUCUUUAAUGAUAAUUUCCACUUAGAACUCUUGUCAGUCAAUGUGUAUUGCUGUGAGUACACCUCACCUACCUUAAGGCAUGGUAGAACUGCUCAUGAUCUCAGUUUAGUAUCAUUAGCUUAACAUUGAUUGCCUUUAAAGCCUUUAGGGGCAGGGAUAUAUAGGCAGCCUCAUGGCCCUCAUAAAAGGAUAAGCGUGCCAACGAGCUUCCCCCUGCUGAUUUGUGAACUCGGUAUCCUUCCCAGGAUAUCUUGGUUUGUACACUUUGGUUUUGGCAGACUAAACUGUUGUGUGCAUCAAAUGUUUCUCAAAGACUUAGCCGAAACAACAUGUGGGUUUCCUUUGUAUUGAUCUUCGAUGAAGUUUAAGCUGAUUGUUAACUUAUAACUCAUCCUGUUGCUUGUAGAUUACAUGUCCCCCAAUUGUACCGAUUCAUGAUGUAAAGAGAGUGGUAGUGCACGAAAAAAAACAUAAAAUGAACAUAAAAGCAGGAAAUUAGUUUUUGUUCGUGAAAAUGUAGUGUUAGAUAACCCUAUACAAACCAAUCUCUGAGACAUGACUGACUAAUGAAAAUAUAGUGGAAAAAUAUUACAAAGGUGCCAGCAGUUUUAAAUGUUUUUCUUGAUAAGAAGUUUAUCCGUUUUUUAUCAAUGUAGAUGGCCUAUCUAGAAGAGUGGUCUCUUUUGGAUCGGGAGCAUUCCGGUUCUUUAUCAGGAGCCAUUGAAGCUUUGAAAGGCAGCACUCUUCGCCUCCCAGUUGUUGGUGGAGCAAGGGUUAGUGUCUUGAAAAUUUCUGAUGAAGCCAUCAACUCUGAGUAUUAUGUUUGGUACAAUAUUUUAUCAGUCCAUGUGACAAACAUUUCAUAUUUGCCUUUUCUUCAACAGGCAGACAUCCAAGAUGUAAAGGAUGCUGUUGGGUCAGCUGUUGAUGUGAUGCAGGCAAUGGGAAGCUCGAUCCGUUCUGCACUGUCAAAGGUGAAUCUUCCAUUUUGUUUACAAUGAGAAAGUCUCUAUUUCAGUAAACAUAUCGUAGAAUAUUUAAUUUUUUUCCAUAUAUCUAUUUUAUUUAAGCCACUGUGGCUUCUGCACCGUUUUAUGUUAGAGCAUAGCUCAUGCACAUCAACAAAGUUAGGAUGGCCCAGGUUAUAUAUUUUUAUUGGUUAAAAAUAUAGAAUGUUAAGUCAUGUCAUGAGCAGGUUCCAUUCCUGUGAGAAAUAAAAAUUAGGCGAUCUACCUCUUUAUCAGCCGAGAUAAGAUAGUGCAUAAUUUUAAGAGGACACAGGCACAGUAGAUAUAGGCAAGCAGAAGGUGAACCAUCGGAGUGCUAUUGCCACAAUGCGAACUUGGAUGCCCCAGAGCAUAAGGAUAUAUGGCUAUCACCACACCGAAGAGGGCGAAACAAAGCACUCAGGGACAGAAACGGCUAUAUAAUGGUGUGGUCAAUAGAGGGUUACUGAAAGAACCUGAAUCUAUUAGUGGCUUUACACAGAAUAAGUCUGGUGUUAUUGACCGGCAAAUUCAUUUUAGAUACCUAUUUUAUUUUUUACUUUUUGCUUUAGCCCGUGCUUCAUUAAUGACAUCGACGAAUCAAAGAAUAUGACCUGAUCUGUGUAGAAUAGGAUUUGCGCAUGCAGACUUUUCUAUUCAUUUGUAUUUCCUAUCCCUGAUGGUUGACGAGAAAGAGAGGAAGCUUGUUGACUUGGCCUGAUUUCUAAUUUUUUUUAUCCUAUGGGUGGGUGGGGUGUACCACCAGGUUAAAAUGAUUAAUGCCAUUUUUUGUUAGCAUUUUAUAGUGUCUUUUUUCAUUUUAUAUGUCCUAUGGGUGGGUGGGGUGUACCAAGAAAACAAAGAAAUUUGUCUAUACGUCUUCUGUGAUAGCUGACAAAUUUAUCCUUAUUUUUUAAAUGAUGAAAGUAUUGAAAUACUUUACAUUUAUAACAUAUCUCUUUUAGUGCAGAAUUGACAAUUUAUUAUUUUUAAAUGCAUCACAAAACUUCAUAUCAUUUGAUCCAAAGAACAAGCCCUAUCUAACGCGAACGAAUUUUUAUUCUGUUCUUUUUCUCACAAGUCCAAAGUUCCAACAAUAUGGAACUUUGCUUGGGUCUGGGAAACAGUGCAAUGGACAAAAGAGAGGAAUAAAAUCCUCAUUCAGUUAGCUGAAAGAGCCAGCAUUCCUGCUAGACUGAAUAUCUAGUAUGCUGGCUCUUUUGGCAAGCUGAAUAAGGACUUUCCUCCGAUAAGGGUCCAAAGAGGGUUAUCCUCUUCCUUUCAUCAAAUUCGGGGGAUCCUUUUCUUCACUAUGAUGAAAGAGAAAAUAAAUCGUGUAAAGUAAAAAAAUUGCCUUAUUGUUCUCAUUUGCAAAUGCUAUAAUUUGCGUUUAGUGGAUUUGAGAACCUAUGUGUUGAACUGUCGCGGAAAUUAUGCUCACUGUGAGGGUUCAUUGCCUCCUGUGAUCAUUAAAUGGCACAUAAUCAUUGCCUCACUCCGGGUUGCCACGAUCUACGAAACCAGCAUCGAGAAAGAAAACCCUCCCAAUGCCCGAACCUUAAAAACCCAGGUACCAUAAAAUUGUUUGCCUUGUUCACAAGCGCACUACAGACAGUAGUGCCCAACAAUCUUCCUUUAGCAGCUCCUUGCGAUGAAAAGCAUCCGGUUGAUGGAGAUCCAUCGCAGAGCCAAUAAAAAGGGUAUCUUCCCCAAAACCGCGAUGAUUAUUGUAGAAAAGCCUCCUCACUUCGUAUUUGAUGCGUUUUUGCAUUAAGACACUCGUCACCAUCGGGACCAUCGGACUUAAUCUUGGGGAACCAAUGGACUUCAUGUUAGCUCGUAGAGGAAUAAUUCCAAACCCCCCAGGAGCCCUAAAACAGUCCUGCUAUUGGGUAAGUGUCGUGCAGCUUGUGUGUGUUAUUUAUAAUACAGAAAUGGCCGGAAUACAGGAUAGCAACUAUGAACAUAAUCAGGACCUCCCUAUAUUUGAGGCAUUGAAAACUCUCUGCGAUAGUACUUGGAUACAUCUAUUUUCUACCACAAAUCUGUAAAACAUGUCACCUGACUGGAUCCAUGGAUGGAUAAGUGGAUACCCUCCGGAAGAAAGUGCGUCCGAAAUUCGCAAAGCCAGCUCCCGAUUUUGAUGCUGAGUAAGCUGUCAAAUUAGACGCGAGGGGAAUAAUCGGAGCACUGCCAUUUUGCAGGUCGAGGGGACAUGUUCCCUGGUGUGCGAGCUGGCGAAAGUGGCGGCUCAAGAACAGGCGUUGCUGGAUCAAUCCCGCGACCUCUUGUGCACCGUAGCUGCCAUGCAUGUAAGUCCAGUCGUUUGACAAUCUUUGUUGCUCUGGGCUCCCCUCAAAGCUAGCUGGAAGCACGGAUCAUUCUAUCAUUCAAACACUGCCUGAAAGCGCGUGAUCAUCGGCCAGUCACGCCUGGCAGACUCUGGCUCUUCACAGCUUCCAAAUCUUCUGCGACGAUGAAUUGAAGGAUGAGACUCAUAAGGGGCGAAGUUUUGUGGGGAGCCCAAGAAAUGGAAUCCCUGUAAUUCAACCAACCAUGGUGCUUGGCUUCUGACGUGGUUUGAGAUUGUGAAACAGGUGAAGCAGUGUAGCCUGCAAGGGCAUCUCCAGCAACAGCGACGCAGGGCGGCGUGGACGAGACGAUAG